AUGGCCGCAACGUCGUAUAUGACACCGCCCAGCGGCGAUUUGGACAUGGCGCUGGGCGGCGGUGGCUAUCACACGUCUUCGCCGCGCUCAGCCACCGAUGCGGGCGAGAUGAAAUAUAUCCAUCAUCAGCAUCAUCAUCACCAUGCAGCCAGUGCCCAUCAUCAGUUGCCCUCAUCGCCCAGUCCGAAUGCGAUUGUUGGUGGAGGCGGUGGUGGCGGUAACGGCAAUGGCGCCGGCGGUCUUGGAUUAAGUGGUUCCGGCCUCAGUUCCGUCACUCCCACCUCAGGCCUAGGCUCAAAUCCCUGGACAGCACUGCAUACAGAUACCUGGGGUCUGCCCACACAUCAUACACACCAUCAUCCCGCCGCCGCAGCAGCCUCGGCCGCUGACACCGUUAAACAGGAAAUGUCGCAUCUAACACAACAGACACGCAUCCAACAGGGCAUGGUCUCGCCACAUGCCGGCUGGCAUGCACCACAUGCGGGUCAUUAUGCGCCCACCGGUGGUUCGCCGCUCCAAUACCAUCAUGCGGCCAUGAACGGUAUGCUGCACCACCCUGCACACGCGGCCGCCGCUGCACACCACCAGAGUGUGGCGCCCCUCCAUCAUGCACUGCGAGGCGAGUCCCCACAGCUGCACAUUCACGCCCAUCAUAUGGGCGGCGAUCGUGAUGCCAUCAGUGGUGGCGAGGAGGAUACGCCCACAUCCGAUGAUCUGGAGGCCUUCGCCAAGCAGUUCAAGCAGCGUCGCAUCAAGCUCGGUUUCACACAGGCGGACGUCGGGCUGGCGCUGGGCACUCUUUAUGGGAAUGUCUUCUCCCAAACGACUAUUUGCCGUUUCGAGGCUCUACAGUUAAGUUUUAAGAACAUGUGCAAGCUGAAGCCACUGCUCCAGAAGUGGCUCGAGGAGGCAGACUCCACCACAGGCUCACCCACGAGCAUUGACAAGAUAGCUGCCCAGGGGCGUAAGCGUAAGAAACGCACCAGCAUUGAGGUGAGCGUUAAGGGAGCCCUCGAACAGCAUUUUCAUAAGCAACCGAAGCCAUCCGCACAGGAAAUCUCAUCACUGGCGGACUCCCUACAGCUGGAGAAGGAGGUGGUGCGUGUGUGGUUCUGCAAUAGGCGGCAAAAGGAGAAGCGCAUGACACCGCCAAAUACGCUCGGUGGCGAUAUGAUGGAUGGAAUGCCACCCGGUCAUAUGCACCACGGUGGCUAUCAUCCGCACCACGACAUGCACGGCAGUCCAAUGGGCACCCACUCCCAUAGUCACAGUCCGCCUAUGCUGAGCCCGCAGAACAUGCAAUCCGCGGCAGCGGCACACCAAUUGGCGGCUCACUAGCAAUCAGAAAUCCAGGAGUCGAACUCAGCUGCAGCUGCGUCCACUCCUGCAUCCAGUCUGCACCAGCAGCAGCAACAACAUCAGCAACAACAACAGCACCAACAACAACAACAACAACAACACACGCCCAAUACACCGUCCUCGAGUGCGGGCUCGUCGACAACAAUGACCACCAAUGUGAUGUCACCACAAAGUCCCCUUGGUGGUGGCGGCGGCAACGGUGGUUCGAAUGGCGGUGCUGCUGGUCAGAACAACAAUAAUAAUAAUAACAAUAAUAGUAGCACCAACAAUAAUAAUAACAACAACAAUGACAACGACUCGCACUUGUCUCAGGUGAAGCAACAACAACAGCAACAGCAACAGCAACAACAACAACAACAGGCAUCGUCGAUAGCAGCCGCUGCAGCCGCUGCUAUGUACAUCGAUCCGAUGCGCUAUCAACACCCGCACCACCAUCCACAUCAGCAUCCGCAUCUGAAUCCCGCGCAUCAUCCGCAUCUCUUCCACACUAGCGAGCAACAGCAUGCGGCACUACAGCAUCCAAUCCAAUCCCAGCUAUCGCCCGGUGGUAGCAGCAACAGUGGUGCCCUGCAAGCGCCCACCUCGGCAUCACCCUCGUCGGCGUCCUCGGUGUUGGGCGUAGGCGUGGGUGUGGGUGGUGCACAUUUAAACCUGAAUCCACACCCGGCGCUUCAUCAGCACCACCACUAUCAGCACCACCAUCACCAGCAGCACCACCACCAUCAUCAGCAGCAGCAACAACAGUUGCACGCUCGCCGCCUCUUUGAACUGAGUCUACAGUUUGGGGCGGCGGCGGCGCCUGGAGCUGUGCGCCACUUUAAUUCGUUCGGUGGUGCGGGUGGUGCUGGCGGUGAAUAGCAUUCGUCGGCUGCCUGGUUCGGCUACGAGUCCUCAUAGGACACGCUGCUGAGCGGGUGGCUGUGCAAACAGGAGCCGCAACUCUAAGGCACAACU